GAUGUGACGAUUGAAGACUAGAGCCCUAGGUGGGGACUCCAUCAGGCUCCUCCCGGAAGCGUAGGGACCUCGCUGCCCACACGCCCCGCCCUUUCCUCCUCUGGCGUCCUGGGGUCUGAGGUGGGCGUGGUCAGGCCGGCUUUAAGUCCUGGGGAGAGUCUUGCCAGCCGCAGGACAUCCCUGUAAGCGGCGGCCCGGGCUGCGGUGGGCAAGGCGAGCUGUCAACUUCAGGUUGACAGGCGUGGCCGAGACCGCAAGGGCUGUUGCGGGGUGAACCCAACGGAGAUGGGCCGCUGGGGCCUGCUGCUGGUAUGGUUCGGAGCCGCGGGCGCCAUUCUCUGCUUUAGCCCCGGGUCCCAGGAGCCUUUUCUGCCGUCCUCGCUCCUGCCGCUGUCAAGUCCCAGCCCCCUGGACCGGAAAGUCAGCGGCCCGCGUAGCAGCUUGGAGCCAACCUCCCAGCUGAAUUCUCGGGGCACCGAGGAGUCUUGGCUGUUUAAUACCUGCGGGGCCAGUGGCAGGCAUGGGCCCACACAAACACAAUGUGACGGGGCGUACGCGGGGACCAGCGUGGUGGUGACCGUGGGGGCCGCCGGGCAUCUGAGAGGCGUGCAGCUGUGGCGCGUGCCGAGCCCCGGCCAGUAUCUGAUCUCAGCCUACGGAGCUGCGGGCGGCAAAGGCGCCAAGAACCACCUGUCGCGGGCGCAUGGCGUCUUCGUCUCAGCAAUCUUCUCCCUCAGUCUCGGAGAGUCGCUGUACAUUCUGGUGGGGCAGCAGGGAGAGGACGCCUGUCCUGGAGGUAGCCCGGAAAGCCAGCUAGUCUGCCUCGGGGAGUCUCGAGCGGUUGAAGAACACGCGGCGACGGAUGGGAGCGAAGGGGCCCUGGAGUCGCGGCGCUGGGCAGGAGGUGGCGGGGGUGGCGGGGGCGCCACCUACGUUUUUCGGGUGCGCGCCAGCGAGCUGGAACCGCUGCUGGUGGCGGCCGGAGGUGGCGGUCGGGCCUACCUGAGGCCGCCGGACCGAGGCCGGACUCUGGCAGCCCCCGAGAAACUGGAGAACCGCUUGGAGGCGCCCGGGAGCGGCGGGAGAGGCGGGGCGGCAGGUGGAGGAGGCGGCUGGACGUCGCGGGCUCCCUCUCUGCAGGCGGGCCGCUCACUGCAGGAGGGGGCGGAGGGCGGCCAGGGCUGCUCCGAGGCUUGGGCGACUCUUGGCUGGGCCGCGGCCGGCGGCUUUGGGGGCGGCGGCGGGGCCUGCACUGCGGGCGGCGGCGGCGGCGGCUACCGGGGGGGUGAUGCUUCAGAGACUGACAACCUCUGGGCUGAUGGGGAAGAUGGAGUAUCCUUCAUGCACCCCAGCAGCGAGCUCUACCUGCAGCCUCUGGCAGUUCUUUUACUCACAGUCACGGAGAGCCACGGAGAGGUAGAGAUCCGAAGGCAUCUCAACUGCAGUCACUGCCUUUUGAGAGACUGUCAAUGGCAGGCAGAGCUCCAGUUGGCUGAAUGCCUGUGCCCAGAGGGCAUGGAGCUAGCUGUGGAUAACAUCACCUGCGUGGACCUGCGCAACCCCCCAGGCCCUCUGCUUCUGAUGGUGGCUGUGGUGGCAACCUCGACACUGAGCCUCCUUAUGGUGUGUGGGGUCCUGAUUCUGGUGAAGCAGAAGUGGCAGAGCCUGUGGGGGAUGAGGCUGCCGAUCCCUGAGCUUGAGCUGAGCAAGCUUCGAAACUCUGCCAUCAGGACAGCCCCUAAUCCUUAUUACUGCCAGAUGGGGCUUGGCCCAGCCCAGACCUGGGCUCUGCCCCCAGGUGUCACCGAGGUUUCCCCAGCCAAUGUCACUCUGCUUAGAGCCCUGGGCCAUGGUGCCUUUGGGGAGGUGUAUGAGGGACUGGUAACUGGCCUUCCUGGGGACUCCAGUCCCCUGCAGGUGGCUAUCAAGACCCUGCCAGAACUCUGCUCUCCUCAGGAUGAGCUGGAUUUCCUCAUGGAGGCACUUAUCAUCAGCAAGUUUAGCCACCAGAACAUCGUGCGGUGUGUGGGGCUCACCCUCAGGGCCACCCCUCGCCUCAUUCUGCUGGAACUGAUGUCUGGAGGGGACCUGAAGAGUUUCCUGAGGCAGAGUCAGCCGCACCUGGGCCAGCCAUCACCUCUGGUCAUGCGGGACCUGCUGCAACUGGCCCAGGACAUAGCCCAGGGCUGCCACUACCUGGAGGAAAAUCACUUCAUCCACAGGGAUAUUGCUGCCCGGAACUGCCUGCUGAGCUGCACUGGGCCCAGCCGAGUGGCCAAGAUUGGGGACUUCGGGAUGGCACGAGAUAUCUACCGGGCCAGUUAUUACCGAAGGGGGGACCGGGCCUUGCUCCCAGUCAAGUGGAUGCCCCCAGAGGCCUUCCUGGAGGGUGUCUUCACAUCCAAAACAGAUUCCUGGUCUUUUGGGGUGCUGCUCUGGGAGAUCUGCUCACUGGGCUACAUGCCCUAUCCUGGGCGCACCAACCAGGAGGUGCUGGACUUCGUCGUUGCAGGGGGCCGGAUGGACCCUCCUAGGGGCUGCCCAGGGCCCGUGUACCGCAUCAUGACCCAGUGUUGGCAGCACCAGCCUGAGCUCCGCCCCAGCUUUGCCAGCAUCUUGGAGCGUCUUCAGUACUGCACUCAGGACCCGGAUGUGCUCAAUUCACCCCUGCCGAUGGAGCUGGGGCCCACCCCAGAGGAGGAAGGGGCUUCUGGGCUGGGAAACAGGUCUUUGGAGUGCCUAAGACCCCCACAGCCCCAGGAACUGAGUCCAGAGAAGUUGAAAAGCUGGGGAGGUAGCUCUCUUGGCCCCUGGCUGUCCUCUGGCCUCAAGCCCUUCAAAUCCAGGGGCCUCCAACCUCAGAGCCUUUGGAAUCCCACAUAUCGCUCCUGAGCCCCAAGGGGCCCUGAGGGUGGGGACUGAAGCAUUGAGGGUUCCUCCCUGCACUCCUCAGGCUCCUGGGUGGCCUGUUAUGCUAGCAGCCCUUGUCCCUGAAGUCUGUGCUGCUUGUCUGGGCCUGUCUGGGGACUGGCCUGGCAGUACUGCCCUUGCUAUGCUGGAAACCAGUCCCAGGCUUCCCAGGGAAGGGCCCACCACUUCCAGCUUUUUAUCUCUGGGACCAGAGGCCACCUUAUGCACACCCACUAUGAGCAUUGCCCUCCCACUAUGAGCAUCCUUUAUCUGGGCAGUUCCCUACCCUGCAGUUGCUUCUAAUAAAAAGCUGUUAUCCUCCA